AUGUUCCUGCGGCGCCUGAGCACGUCCGCCUCCGCCCUCCUCCGCCGGCGCCGCCGCGGCGCCAAGGACGACGGCGUCCUAGCCGCCCUGCGUGCGGAGAUCGCCCACGAGCUCUCCUCGCCCCCCUCCUCCUCCCCCCCUUCCCUCCAUUCUCAGGAGGCUCUCGACUUUGACACCGUGUCGGACGCGCCGCGUGCGCAGGACGUGCUUCUGCGCCGCCGCGGAGACGCCGAGGAGGUCCACGUGUCGGCGCUGCUCGCCCCGCUGCGGUUCGAAGGCGAGGAGCCGCUGCCCAGGGACGCGCUCAUGAAGGUGUUCAUCAGCAAGCCAGGAGUGGAACCGCUGCUGCGCUUCGACUGCCGCGCGGUUGCCGCCGGCCGCGGCGCUGCUGCUGGCUAUGAUAUAACUGCCCUCUCGUAUCACGCGUUCCCUGGCGAUGGUGGAGACAGCAAGUAUGAAGGGCCAGACUUCGGGGAUUUGGAUCCUAAGCUACAGGCUGCACUGAAAGAAUAUCUCCUGGCAAGAGGCGUUACCCCCGAACUGGCGACCUCACUUCGUGAACACUUGCUUCAGAAGGAGCAGGCCCAGUACGUGAGCUGGCUGAAAACAUUGGAGGGGAUGUUCACCAAAGAUCAUUGA